AUUGAUUUGACAUUCUAAGUAAAGUGAACCCAUGAGUUAAGGCUUAUUGAAGUUAUAGCACGAGUUUUUUCGUAGUAGAAUUAUUCAAAAUAUAAACUUUAUAAACAGUGCAACAACCUAUUUGGCAAUAAGAAGCAACUAGUUUUUAAGAGUUACAUAACGUUCAUCGAUGUCCUGUCAUGUGUAGUAUUGUGACGGUGUAAAAUUUCAAGUGUGUGGAGAUACCAUGCUUUACUAAACCAACAUGGUUACAGUUCCACUCCAUAUUGUUCCGUCAGACUUUAUUUUCUGUUAAACUCAUUAUUGGUGUAUUAAAACAGAAGAAGUUAAACGACGAUGGAUACAAGGGCAUCUUCCACUGCAGUUAGUCUUCAAGAUGACACUAAAGAAGCAGGGGCAUCCUACGCACAUGCCGUUUUGAACUUCAAACAACAAACGACUAAUAUUACUAAUAACAAUAAUAAUAAGGAAAAUAUCGAAGAACCACGUAAAGACAUACCAGUAGAGACAGUUGACAUUUCAAAGCAACCUGAGGAGCCUAAACAAAUAACACAUGAAGAGGAAGAUAAUUUUACCCCGGUCGUAAGUCACAGUCGCAAAGAGCGCAAAAAUGAAAAAAAGAAAAAACUAGCAGCAGCUGCGGAAAAACAGGAUAAGGGCGAUUUUCCGCCAAGGGACAAAUCGAAAGAGUUACGUUCUGGCCCCAAAGAAAAGAGAGAUGAUAAAGAACAAUCGGCUGUGAGAGAGCUCAGUGAAAAUCAAAGUGAUAUUAAGAAAGUUUUUGUUGAGGCGCCCAUUCCUAAAACCAACCCUUGGCAGUUGAAACAAUCCGUUCAACCCCCACAGAAAGAGGAAGCGACUACUAAUACGCCCUCGGUAACUGUUGCUGAAAAGAGAGUACUGCAGCCAAAAAAGCAAGAAAUUACUGUCAGUGGUGCAGAAGUUUCUGGAGUUGUUAAGGCAUCAAAAGAUAAAAAAAGAUAUAACCAAAAGGCUAGUGAUUUUACUGAUAUUUGUGAUUGGCCAUCUCUAGGAACUAAUGGUACAGAGCCGCGAAAGAAUAUCGUUGCAACGGGAACGGGCCAUUCUUCAUCGUCUUCAGCAGCUUCCACGUCUAAGGAGCGUCCAAAUGGCCAAAGUUCUGAGGAAGCCGAUGAUAAAAGAAAGCCGAUGAAACACAAGUGGGUGCCGCUCGAAAUAGACCUCUCGAAGAACCACAAGAACGAUCGUCGACGAAAUGAUCGAGCUGGAGACGAACGUUCUACAGUCAGCGAAGGCGAUAAAGAUUGGAGGGCCGAAAGAGAACUCAACGGUCACAGUGGAAGGCAUUCGCGGCCUACUCCCGGAUCUAGAAAUCGCAAUGAGAGAAAUAGAGGAGGAAGAAGAGGUAUACAUAACAGACAGAACAACAGGGCUCCUAGCAAUCCUGAUUACUUAGACUUUUAUUCACCAGAUUUUGCAAAAUUCGGUGAAGGGAUUGAUGGACAGACAUUCAUGCCUUACAUGGGAACUUUUUACUUUAAUAGUAACAAUUACUUGAGUUUAGAUGGUCCUACUGUUAAGGAAUAUAUCCGCAAUCAAAUAGAAUAUUAUUUUAGCGAGGAUAAUUUGAACAGAGAUUUCUUCUUAAGGCGGAAAAUGGAUGUUGAAGGUUACCUCCCCGUUACUCUGAUAGCCUCAUUUCAUCGUGUACAAGCUUUAACUAGUAACGUUGCGCUUAUUGUGGAGGCUAUCAGUUCGUCCGACAAACUUGAGUUGACUGCAGGUUUUAAGGUAAGGCCAAAAAAGGACCCGCUGAAGUGGCCGAUUUUGGACGAAACCAACGAAAAGAAAGAAGAAAUUAUUUCCAAGUUGGUACCACCGCCACCGUUGCCUAAAAAACUCAGAGAAAAGCAAAUUGAGAACCUCAAUCCUGACGUCGCUGAAUUCAUACCUUCUGAUCUAGAGAAACAAAAAAUUAUUCAUAACGGCAUUUCGGGUAGAAAUUCCAACGCCUCUUCCGAAUCUCAGGACAAUCCUAGAGACGCUGAGAAAGAAAAGAACGAAGACGAAGAAAUCUGGAGGGAAGUCAAAAGGAAAAACAAAGAGAACAAAAUUAGGAAGGAGUCUAAGAUCAAAUCUUACGAAAGAGAAGAAUUAGACUUUCAUUUCGACGAGGAACUUGAUCAAGAAGUACCUACUGGCAGGCAAAACACCUUCAACGAAUGGCCUUCGGAAGAUGAUUCUGAUGAAUUGAGUGAUAGAGACGUUAAUAAAUUGUUAAUAGUAACACAAAAUACCUCUACUGCGCGAGCACCAAAGCAUGAAGGUUAUGACAGAACUGGUGACUGGAUGACUCGAGUUAAAAUGAGCCAAGAUUUAGUACAAACUAUAAAUGAUGGCCUCUAUUACUAUGAAAAAGACUUAUGGCACGAUCAAGAUUAUGAAAGAAGCUCAGUUGAGAGUUACAAGACUGUUACCGUUAUUAGUCAAGAGGAUUUCAGAAAGAUGGCACCGCCUGCUCCGAGAAUUACUAACCCACAAGUGCCUCCUCCUCCUCCGCCAAUUAUCGACACCGCUCCAAGACAACAACCCGCCAACAACAGAAGAAAAUCGAAUAAAACGCCAAAUCGAAAUGUACCCAGAUUUUACGCUGUUGUUAAAGAUGACAAACCCGAUCCUAGUACACCUCGCAAACGGAAAACAAGACACUUGAGCAAUCCCCCCGUUGAACAGCACGUCGGAUGGAUUAUGGACGUUAGAGAGCACCGAUUGCGAACGACGUCUACGGGAAGCAGCUAUGGAACGAGCCCAAGUGACGCUCAUUUGGGAACGAGUUGCGGAAGUUACGGUAGCGUUCCUCAGGCUCUUCCAACGUUCCAGCAUCCAUCACACGCUCUGUUGAAAGAUAACAACUUCACCCAACAGGGUUACCAUAAAUUCAGACAAAAGUGCCUGAAAGAACGAAAGCGUUUCGGAAUAGGCCAGUCUAAUGAAAUGAAUACUUUGUUCCGUUUCUGGUCAUUCUUUUUGCGAGAAAAUUUCAACCGAACUAUGUACACCGAAUUCAAGACGUUGGCUCUAGAGGAUGCUACUGAGGGAUAUCGUUACGGGUUGGAAUGCCUGUUCCGUUUCUAUUCCUACGGUUUAGAAGUGAAAUUUAGACCGCAUUUGUACGAAGAUUUCCAACAAGAGACCGUUAGAGACUACGAAAACGGACAGCUUUACGGUUUGGAGAAAUUCUGGGCAUUCUUGAAGUACUAUAAACAUGGCAGCCAUCUCACUGUUAAUCCAGUCCUGAAGAAGCAUCUGGACAAAUUCAAGACUAUAGAAGAUUUUCGCGUUGUUGAGCCAAGAAUUGACGAAAUAUUUAGAACUCACAACGGAAGAGGCAAUCAAUACAACAAAAAUAAACGGAAUAGAAGCGUAUCGGAAAGUCAAUCUGCAAUCGCCAGUACUUCUAGAGAAGAUCAUCGACGACCUUCACACAGCAAUCAAAGAAACGAAAAUGUUCAUCCGCAACCUGGUACAAGCGCUCCGGCUGAUUCGGGAUUCAAAUUUGCGAGAUCCCGUGCCCAGUCGUUCGGUUCCGGGCGCAUUCGAAACAACAGCACGCGUCAGCGCACCGAUUCGUGGAGACAGAAAGAUUGAAUCCAAGGUACAUUUAAUCACUACCGGAUUACGCAAAGGAAAACGCUAUUUGUACUAAGGUGUUGAUGUAACUGUUAACACUUUCAUUUUAUAAGGCUAUUUUGGAAUACGGAGCUGAUGUAAUUCAUCUUCGGCUUACAACUACUCUUAUAUAUCGUAUAUAUAAGUUUGAUUUCCAAAAAUAUACAAAUAAUUUGGGUACUUUAAGAACAUAAAAAGCUUAAUUUAAAGGUUGAAGGUUCUAGAUUAGAAUGUUUGGUGCCAUUACCUUUUAACUUUUACAUUUUUGUACUUUCUUAGCAAAAGCGAAUAGAGUGGAGUCAAACAGCAAUAUAUAAAAUUUUGUGGUUAUAAAACCGUAUCGGUUUGUAAAAAUUUUGUACAAUUUUAAAAUCUUGACUUUUCGAAAUCGUAAAUUACACCUUGAACAGGAAAAGGGAUUCAACUUUGUGUUCCUGUUCUUCAAUAGUCACGCUGAACUGGAUUUAUACCGUAUUUCCUUGUAAAUAAUGUAAGAACUCUAUUCAAUAAUUUUUCGAUAAAUUUUAAGAAGAAUACAUUAUGGAUAUGAACAACAGCAUUUAGUGUUUGUAUAUAGCGUUAAAUAAGUAUAAAUCCUAUAUAUUGAAAAUUAAACAAAUAUGUAUAUUCAGAUUGUUUUGCACAAAAGCACUAAGUUUUCAAAAAUACCCAAGUUGAUGUAUAAAAAUAAUGUGUUCAUACAUAUAUCGCUAAAACAGCUUGUUUUUUACUCGGGAACUUAUUACAAUUUGAUCCAUUUCUCACAGCAGUUAUCGUACAAACUCAAGUAAUUUUAUUAAGUUCCCAAUUUCCAAGAUCCUAAGUUAUGAUAUGAUAAACGUGUAUUUCCACAAUAGUGUAUCAUUACAUAGCGUUUAACGAGUUUACAGACGAGUAAUUCACUUAAAUCGAUACCGAUUAUGCAUUUCAUAACAGUAAUUGAUCGCGUGAUAACUUACUAGAUUUUAAAUUUAAUGCUUUAUUGGGAG